AUGGAUAGCUAUCAUACAUUAUCCGCCAGCAGUAACAUGGCUGGUCCCAGCAGCUUGUUUCUAGGAUCAAGAGUCAGCUCCGACGUGGAGAACUUAACAGAUGAUGAUGACGAGUUCAUGUCCAGCGCCAGCACCACUUCCCAUGGGUCCGAAGAACGGACGGAGAAUCGAUCUGAACCUGAGAUGAAGACGGAGGAUACUUCAGUCGAUAUUCCGAUGACUCCACCCCGCAACAGCAUCCAAAAAGAUGUAGACUCGGGACCAUGUCAAAGCAGUCAUUUGAAAAGCGAUGCGACACCUCUUUCGACAGUGAAGCAGCCUCUUCGGUUGCUCGAUAUGCCCAUCGAUGUACUACAGGUAACGCAUACGAAUGAUCUCACCUCCCUUGCUCUGACUUGCUCUGCCCUCCAUUCCUUGGCGAUCCCCCAGAUGUAUUCUCGCUUUGAUAUCGUAUGGCCCGAAACACUGUCAUCCUCCGACCACCCAGCUGGCGUGGACGCUCUGUCUUAUGGUCUUGCAACACUGGUGAUGGGACAAGAUAUAUUCCGCGAGCUACCCCCAAGACGAGCGCAACCUUGUCCCCAUUGCGGUUGCGAGAGCCCUGCGCCGGAUCGAGACAACCCCACAGACACACUCUUGAAGAUCCGUCGAGGCAACUACUAUGCACAAUAUACUCGCAAGUUCUCAGUCGGCAACGGUCCACUAGUCUGGGUUCAAGAGUACUCUGUGACGAAAGAGACCGGCAAAAUGUUGGGGACACUAGUUGCUCUGGCUGUGGCUCGGAUGGUCAACCUGGAGACGUUCGUUUGGGACAUGCCAACCGGAGUUUUGAGGGAUGUGUGGAUAGCGCUUUCAUCGCUAGCAAAUCGGCCCGGCCAUGAAUGUCGUCUGCAGCGCGUCUGGGUCCGUUGGCACGACAAUUCUGAAAAUACCAUGCGUCCGUUGGCCGGGCCCUCCACUGCAUCUUCCGUGACGCUUCCAGACACACAAGCUGCAUUGGCAGGGUCGGCUAGUAAUUCCUCGCUACUACAGAGAUAUGGGCAUGUAGAAUACCCUUCUCUGUCGAUACUCCCGCCACUAAAGAGCUUGAGUGUCCUUGAUAUAGAUGAACCAUCGUAUCUCGAAGAAAUGGCUGUACUUGUUGAGCGAUCCAGAGACCGUCUGAAAGAACUACGUAUUGGCGUUUCUAGCAAGGUAUACCAAGCGUCUUGGUUGAAGCCAGCAGGAAGCUGGCAGGCUGAGCAGCCAACUCCAUCCCGCGGCCAUUCUGGAUGGCCGAAGUCUGGCGGCGUACUCGGGGUUGUUCUUGGGAGAUCUGAGGAGCCCACACGCCCGAAUCGGACUCAAGCAGAUUCGUCCCCAAAGCAGGAGGCAGCUGAAGGUCAUGCGGAGAACAGUCAUUCGGGAUUCCAAGCUCAUUCUUCCAUGAACAGCGCUCCGGGAUCUCCGUUGCCCGCGGACGACAUCACUUCCAUUGCCCUGAGUAUGCAAGGCACGCACAUAGCGCAGCAACAGGCAGCUAUCGCGUCGGAGACCAGCUUGUCUCGGGAGAUCCCGCACUCGUGCUCAGAGAAACCUCUGGCUGUGCCGGGCUCUGGCCAUCAAAUGUUGAAGCUCGAGACCCUAGAACUCGAGCGCGUUCCACUGUCCAUUCCGGUUGCGUUGCACGCGCUUGACUGGAGACAACUGACAACUUUGACGAUUUUCCGUUGCGAAGGUCACGAAAAGCUCUGGAGAGCACUGCGCCGGCAAUUCUCCCCGUCUGUAUCAUCGCGCUCGAAGCAUAGUAGACGCGAAGGCGAUCAAAGUGCCUCCGAGUACCGGUUGAAUCUUAGACAUAUCCACACGGAUGCUGUGUCGCCUUAUCUGCUGCUGUUCAUCAAGGAUACACUUGCACCCAACACGCUGCAAACUCUAUUCCUACACGAGGCACCAAUGUAUGAUUCGAUCGUCCAUAUCGAUGCUAUCUACAAGAAUGCUAUCAAAACUCAUCAUCUCAGUCUGCAAAAGAUAUUGGUCGAUAGUACCCAGCGGGCGCCAGGGGGAAGCGAGAUGCCUAGCGUGCGGUGGUACAAGUGGAUGUUCACUCGCCAGAUGCUCACGUUUCUCAGUAGCGGACGUAUGCCACGGCUGCGGGAGCUCUCUAUAGCUCUUCACUCCAAGGACUGGCACUAUUUCCUCCAAAGGCUACCGUACAUGCCUCAGCUUCGCGCACUUCAUAUACCACAUAUUGCUCGGCAAGUUCACCGAGACCCGAAAGAACUGGCGAUGAUGAUCCUGGAUAUUGUGACCAUCCGUCCAGAAGUGGGGAUAAACUAUGUAGGCAUACAGAAUAAAUGCUACGAGAUCCUGGAGGCCAAAGAUGGCGACGCGGGGGAAUUUUAUGACACGGACGACAGCCAUAGCGAGGGCUUCGUGCCUGGGGGCGAGGAGUGGGCAGGAUCAGAAACAAACGAGGAUGAAUCUGACGACGAUGGCGGGGUCAGCGCGAUGGACUCGCACUCGGAUCUGUCGUCAGACGAUAGGACAUCAUCAGACGGGGAGGAGUCUGAAAUGGAUUACAACAAGACUCGAGUAUCAUUUCGGCUGCGAGAGAUCUUGUUUUACGAUGACAAGAUCGCCAUCUUCAAGGCGCGGCAUGGCGUUUUGUAA